AUGACUGAAGUAGCACUUGAGAAUGGCAAUAUGGAUACCCAUGCCGAAGAAGCAAGACUAAACAAGAUCAGUAAUGAGGAGUUCAAGAUUUGGAAGAAGGCUGUUCCAACUUUCUAUCAACAUAUCUCUACUUUUAAACCAUGUCUACAAAAACAUGUUACAAACCAAAGUAAGUUACAAAAGACAGUUACCUUCACAGAUAAGAUGUUUCCUGAUAUGACUAAAGGGACACUGACAACUUCAGUACUGUUGGCUCUUGGGAGUGAUAUUUAUGAAAUAGAUGUGAUAUUACCAAUUGGUGCUCAUUUAACAAGUGAAGAAUCAUCUUGUGAUGUAAAACCUCAAUAUGAGGCCUUUUUAAAGACAUUUGAACAAACCAAAUUUGAACCUAAAUGGAAAGUUGAAAAUAAUGAUACAGUUGCAAAAUUGUACUAUUUAAACACUAGUGGUGUUAAAUUCAUUGCUGUUACUACGAAUGGUUCUAUUUUAUGGUUCAGAGAUGAAAUUACAACAGCUAUAACUAGUUGUGUAGCUGAACCACAGGAGUCUGGUACAAAAGUUGAUGUCAGAUCUGAUAUAUCUAGUGAUUUAUCUACCAUUGCUGUUAUAACUACUAUUACGAAAGAUGAUAUUGCUAGUUCGACAAUUAAGAUAGUUGAUAACGUUGUGAAGGUAGGAGAUGUGAAACGUACAAUUUAUGUUAAGGAUAACUUUCAUUGUGGAUCCUUUAAAUUUGUGAAUGGCAAGGAUUCUGUCGUUCUCUGUGACAAUCAUUGUACUUUUAAAUUAUGGGAUUUAAAUAAUGCAGACGACACACCUUCUUUUGUAUUCACAGAUAAUACAGAGGGUAAAUUGACUGUAAUUGGAACUUCUAAGAUAGUAUCAACUCUUUUCGCAACUGGAUCUGAUAAUGGUACUAUUAAACUAUGGGAUUUACGUUCUUUAUCACACAAUAAAACAUUUGAAGUCGGUAAGGAUACUGAUGCCGUUAAGGAAAUAGCUCUGUUAUCUCACUUUGAUGAUGAUGCUGUCUCCGAUAUCAUAUUUUCUUCCACAUCUGCUUGUAAAUUUGUUACAGUUGGUAGAAGUGGGAACGUAUAUCAUUGGGAUAUGGAGUAUUUGUUUUCAAAGGAACAAAAUGAUGAAAAAGACAGCAAGAAUAGUGAUGAAGAAAGUAUUGCUAGUUCAGCACUUCAAGCAGAAUGUCUGUCAUUUUAUCAUACUGGUGGGUUUAGAAGAUUACGCACUGAUGGAGCAAAAAGAAACACUGUUGCGUGCGAUUCCGUUAUUGAUGAUUUGGUAUGUACAGUUGACGCCGAUGAUUUAUUGACAGUAUAUAUUCCUUUUACUGCAAGAGUUGCAAGUGAUUCCACAGAUUAA